AUGAAGAAGGAGCUGCCGGAACCGUCGAAGGUGCCCAGGCCGGCCGCCCGCAUGCCACCGAAGGUGUCAGAUGAGUGCGAAACGGGCCGACAGACGGACCGGCCGACGGAUCAAGCGCCGUCAGUGAUGGGUAAUGGCCACGUGGUCAGCCGACUGUCCGGCGGUGGCGGCAGGAGUGCCGAGGAGCGCGCCGAAUUGGGCCGUAGUCUGCUGUACGAGCAGAACAUGUGCACGUUUGAGAACUUUUGCGAACGCCGAAACAGCCAGCAGCGGUUGGGAGGGACCGCCGCCGCCGGCCAGGAGACCGAGGAGGACAAAUCAGACCGGCUGGCCGCGCAGGACGCAUCCGAUGGGCUAGGAAACUUCUGCACACUGCGGAGGGGGAUGCGACGCCAGGAGGAGGAACCGGUGGGCGGCUACUGGACGCUCAAGCGCAAGAAGUUACAGCUGAACCGAAAGUUUGUCGAGAGCUUCCUGGAGGACCCGAACGCGCAGGUGGUCGACUAUCUGUCGGAGUUGGACGCGUACCUGGACGAGAUUGACGACUUGGAGGAGGAGGAGGACGAAGACGAGAGUGACGACGGUUGUUCCACGGGUGUGUCGGAGGCGCCCGAAGACGAGGAACCGAGUGUGGCAGCCCGUGGCAGUGAAGAAGUGACCGGGCAGGAUCAAAGUUUACAGUAUUAUCAGACACCCGGUGGUGGUGGUGCCGGCGACGACAGUGCAGUGCAGGCGGACGCUGGUGGCACCACCGGUGAUCGGGUUGUGUUCGGUGAUAUUAAGCACUUCUGUACGCUACCGAAACGGAAGCGGUCGCAGGUGCUGAGCGCGUUCAAGCGGGGUGCCUCGCUCCGCAGGACAUUCGUGGCCCCAACCAGUGACAGUGUGGUCCCGGUCCGGAAGGAGUCCGGCGCCGUGCCGGAGGAGCAAAGUGAAGCCGUAGCUGCCGGCCAGGAGCUAUCCGACCUGCAGGCGGAACUCGAAGACCACCGACUGUCGAUCAUCGAAAGCGACACCGUUCUGGCCGCACUCGAGGCAAAGGUGACGGAGCAGCGCCAGAAGCGCCAGGGUCCGUUGCGAUUCGAGCAGUUCCGAGCGUUCUGCCACGGUGUGGUUCAAAAAUGUGAAACGGCGACGGCCAAGAUGCGGUUCAAGACCCGGUCGCUGGCCCGACAGAACGCCCAAUGCCGAACCCUGGUCGAGCAGAAGCGUGAAGCCGUCGGUAGCGAUGCACUGCGUGUGCACUUGGAAAGUUUCGAGCUCGAGCGGCUCGCUGGCGAGCGGGAACUAAGGGAGGCCUUGGCCUCCGACCGCGAACUGCGCCUGCUCGGGGCGGUGGUGAAGCGUGAAACGUUGCAGGAUCAGGAGGCCCUCUUCGACGCCACGCAGCAGCUCAUCCGAGCGCAGCAGACCGUCGAUAGCGAGCUGGCGCAGCUGCAGGACUGCGAAACGAAAAUCGAGCAGGCCGAGCGGCAGGUUGCCCAGCUCGAGCAGGAGAACGAGAGAUUGCGCCAGGAGUUACACGGCCAGCUCGAACGGGUAUCGCUCGGUGAGCGUGGCGGGUGCUUUACCGUGGCCGGUCGGGGUGGACUCGCGGGCAGUGGCGAAACCUUCCGGUUCUUCGCGCUCCGGUUCCGGCUGAUAGCGGAGCGUCCCCUUGCCGGCCUGCAUCAGCAGAUGCACCAUGUCUGGCCGAACGAUACCGUGCCGUUCGCGGGCGGUCACCGAUUGGCGGAACACGUCGGUGAAAAAGGCGACGUGCUUACGGUCGAAAAGGUCCACCUGCAGUCGGGCCAUCAGAUACGGGAACACCUGGUAGCCCAUCAUCUUGAGAAAGACGUGCGGUCGGCUGAAGUUGGUGAUCUCUUUGCCGUAGCGGAAGAAUUCGUUCCGGUCGUCCCGGAACGAGUCCACCCGGAUGCCGAAGGCGCAGGUCGCGAUUACGUCGUUGGUGAAGCGCACGAACACGUCCUUGAUCUCGUAUUCCCGGGCAACGCCGUCGGUGACCUGCUGCUGCCGGUAGUGCUCCACCAUGUUCGUGCUACACUCGACGAUCAGCUCGAACAUCUGGCGCAUCUUGCUGCCGGGCCCACCGAAACGGAGAGCAGGAAGGGCGCCGAUGCUCGGCAGCAUCCCAUCAGCUGGCACCGGAAUUCGAUGCGCAGAAAGCACCUGAUCGAGCUACCCGAACAGAUCGUCGUUGAGCCGGUGCCGGUGGCUGUGGAACCCCUCGGCCAAUCGCUCAGCGAUUCAUCGGCGAUCGGGGUGCCGGAGGAUGGGGACGACUUUUGUUCGAUCAGCACUCUUCCGGUGGACGACCUGCCGAACAGCAGCAUGGACAGCGAAGAGCGUCCGGCAAUGAUUAAUGUACCUGCGCUGCGGGUGGCGCUACCUCCAUCGCCCACUCCAUCGUCCACAUGGGAACCGUCGGCGCCGCCUACCUCCUCACCGUCACCCCCGCAGCCGCUCGAAACCGAUCUGGAUGGUGGUGGGUGGGAUGAACGGGUGGUCCCGCGACAAACUGGCCGCCGAACGCAGUCCCAGCCCCGGCUCGUGUCGAUAACGGCCGUCCGGGAUGAAGCGACCAACGAGCUCGUCAUCCGCACCAACAGCGUACCGGGAGACCGUGCUUCGGCCCCUCCACUGGCGCUAGCGGAGGAAUCGCAGGUUCAGCACCAGCACCAAGCAGCACAACAACAACAACACCGCUACGGGGCGGUCGAAUCGGAGGGUAGCUCGAUGGGCAGCUCCCGCAACCCCAGCCCGGUGUCGCUGUUAUCGUCGACAACCACCUACAGUUCGAUAGCGUCCGGCGGAGAUAAUGCCGACAAUCGUAGGUCCGAGCCGAACCACGAGGCAGGAGCCGGAAUGCCUUCGCGGCAGUCAGUGAGCAACGGAACGCAGCAGAUCGUUGGGGGCGGUGAAGUGGCCACCAUUACCACCGCGGACGGUGGUAGCCGGGCACGGCACCGGGGCGAAGAGCAGUGGCGGUCAACGGUGGCGGUGGCGGCCAAUGAUGACGACGGGACGGCGAACGAAGCGCAGGCACCGGAAGAGGAGUCGUCCGAUCCGGACGUGGUGGUGGACGGCCGCCGUAGCAGCCGCCGGAAUGAUGGGCGCCCGAAGGCCCGCUGGCCUCACGCCAUUUCACGCUCCCUGGCCACGACCUUCUGCACCGUGGGGCUGUUCAACGUGUCCCGGUUCGCCGUGUUUAGCGUCCAUUUCGGGGCGAACUUUGUCGUCCAGUUCGUGCUGUUCUCGCUCCUGUUCGGCAUCCCGAUGAUGUGGCUCCAGAUGGUGCUGGGGGCGCGGAUCCGCGGCGGACCGGUCACCAUGUGGCGCAUCAGCCCGAUCUGCAAGGGCAUCGGCAUCGCGCUGCUGGUCGCCCAGGCCCUGGUAGCCCUCUACUCGGCCAUCUCGCUCGCCUGGGUCCUGGUGUACUUCCGCGAUGCGUUCACCGUGCGCAACGAGAAGUACCGGUGGGAGGAACCAUUCGAGUUCUACCGCGGCGGCGGCUCCGCAGGCGGCAACCAGUCGUUCCGGUUGUCCGACACGGUGGCCGACUACUUCAACGGGGUGGUGCUGCAGCGGUACCACCUGCGGAUGCUGGGAGCGUCGCAAACGUCGACCGGCGCCGGCCGAAGCUCUACAUCAGCGCCCGGUGUGAGCGGGAUCGGUGCGAUCCGGUUCCAGCUUGCGUUCAACCUGGCCAUCCUGUGGACGCUCGUGUUUGUGGCCCUCUGCCGGGGCAUCCGGUCGCUCGGGAAGGUUGCCGUCGGGUUGUUCCUGAUCGCCACGGCCGGACUCGUGGCCGUGUGUGCCAAGUUUCUCACCUUCAUCAGCUACGACAGCGUGCAGAGCGUGUUCCCGGCGACGGAUUGGCAGGACUUUUUCCUCAACUCGCGCAGCUGGAUGUGCGCUGCGCAGGAAACGUUCCUCACGUGGGGUCUACUCGGCGUGUCCAUCUACUCACUCAACUGCCGCAGCAACCGGAAGGGGGCGUGCAACGGACGGACACGGCGCGAACUGCGCCGGGACGCGUUCCUGGUCGCGUUCAUCACGCUCGCCGUGCUGCUGCUGGCCGCCGUGCUGGGUAGUGCGUGCGUGCAGAUUCUCAACACCCGCGGCUACUACUACUUUCCUGGAUCGUACGAAAACCUGGGAACCAACGUCUUUUUGCUGCCCGCCAGCCAACCGUUGCCACCGCAGCACGCUACGAUGCCGAACCGAUGGCUAAUCCGCUACUCGAUGGUGGUCGGCGAAAGCUUCAAGCGACCGUACGCCGACCCGAGCCGGGAGAGUGGCUACCAGGUGUUGCGGCUCGCGACGGAGCUGCUGCCGGCCGCGCUGGCCACGGCCGCCCCCGGGUCCGGGCACAUUCCCGCGAUCUGGGGCCUGAUCGCGUACCUUACGUUGGCCCUGUUUGGGCUCGGGCAGCUGUGCGUCGCGUGGAAACCGAUUGCCGGUGCCAUCGGGGACGCACCGUCCUCCAUUCUGCUGAGCUGCGUGACGGGGCUGCUGCUUGGGAUGCCGCUGGCCACCGAGGGUGGCAUCACGAUCGUGUACUACCUCGACACCAUCCUCGGCGCCGCCUGGUGGGUGCUGUUGCUCUGGAUCGGCCACAUACUGGCCCUGUUCCUUGUCCGUGGUCGACCGUUCACAAGCGACAUUCUAGUCAACGAUCUGAAACUUCUGCAAUCCUUUUCGGCGUUCGUGGCGUUUGCCUGGAACUUUCUGCUCCCGAUCGGGCUCAUCUUUCUGUGCAUCCUCCAGUACCGGCUGUCGAACAGUGCGGCCCUCUUCAACUGGGGCAACCCCGGCGGCAACGGGUCGGCCAGCUAUUGGCCGCUGUGGGCCCGCCAGACCGGUGGCUUCGUGCAGGUCAGCUUCCUGCUGCUCGUCCCGAUCGUGAUGGUGGUGCAGAUCUAUCGCUAUCUGUGCCGGGGACCACCGGACAUACUGGACCGCGUGGACCUUUUACUGAGACCACCGGUCGAUGGCGACAACGGUAGCACCGCUCGUGGUGCGGUGAACCAAGCGAGACGUCCGGCCUUUUCCCGCCCGGUGCAACAGAAUUCGGCGUCAGGCCGGGUGCGCUCGGACGGCUCGGACCCGAACGCGACCGUUUCGCUGUCCCUCGAUACGCGGGGAUCCGCGGGCGAAGAUGAUGCGCCACCAAAGUACACACCACCACCGUCGUACACCACGGCCACCGGGGCACGGAUCGCGAAGAUGCUACGCAACAGCAUCCGGCGCAGCGUACGCCGGCUGAUGGGUGAAUCGAGCGGCGGAGGCCACCGGCAACGGGUGGCACUGCCCCAGUCGACCGUGCCGUCGGAGGCGACGCUCGGAGCCAAUCCGGCCGCCGAUGGUGAGCUUCCGCCCGAUUACUGUUCCGUUUUGCAGCAGUUCGGGGGCCCCGAGUCCAUGGAAAUGGCGCGGCCACCCCGGAUGUUGUUCAACUCGGCGACCCUGGGCAGUGGUCGCCGCUAUCGGUCGCUCGUGGUCGGCACGGACGCUGAAUCGCAGACGGUGGCGCACUCGUUGUCGUCACCCCACCACCAACUGACGGCUUCCGACGUUCGGCAAAUUCUGCGACCGGCCACCAUCACCGGGGCCCCGAUCGUCGCCCUCGCCAACACUGUGCCCGCACCACCACCACCAUCAGCUGGGUCCGCUUCGGCAGGAUUCACGCAAACCCUGUGCAACACUUUGCUGCGCCGCGGACACUCGAUGGAGAACCUGGUGCUCGGGGCAGCCCCAAUCGGUGAUUCCAGCAUCAUUACGCUCGACUGUGACGCCGAGGACGACCGGGACGAUGCGCACCGGAAUGGCGACGCCGCCAGACAGAACAGGUCCCGCAGCGGUAUGGGAAACGAUUCUGUGAUAUAA